UUCAUGUAUGUAUAUAUUCUAUUUAAAUAAAACAUAUACAAAGCACAUGAAAUCGUAUGGACGCCAACUAUGACGGUUGAUGGGAAUGUAUUGCUUGCUACGGUAGUUGACGUACAUAUGAAUGCGAUGACAGGCAGAACAGAUCGCAUUUCUGGUAAGGGAUGGCAGGUUUCGUGUGGAUUGGAUCGAUUAUUAUCCGCCCUUAGACGAUAUAUACAGUGUCUGAAAAUGAAUAUCUAUAGAAGUCACAUUUACACUCAUGUAUGUAGCUGAGGACGGAUGGAUGAUGCAGGGGAGCAUUUGAGGCUGGUGAGCUGAAUAAGCAAGUUCCGUGGACGCUGAUUGGACAGAACUCACCAACCAGCGGCCCAAGAGAAUAGAAUGAUGGAGACGGCGUCGAGAGGCAUCAAACAAACAUCAAUCUCACACACCUACGCCAUCCCCCAGCCCAUACACACCUCUUCGACUCACCCCCUCCGUACACCCGCAACUUUAAUCGGAUCCGCCACCAUGGAUACUUUUCAGAAUUUCGGAAAGAACAUCUCUGCGUCCUUUACGCCUUUCGCUGCUCGCACCCAGCAGCUGGUCAAGGAGACGCUGGGCCAGGCCGAAGACAAGACUCAACUCCCGCCCGACUACAUCGAGCUCGAGAAGCGCGUCGAUGCCUUGAAGAAAGUCCACAACACUAUGCUCCAGGUCACCUCCCAAUACUCCAACGAGGCCUACGACUACCCCACAAACAUCCGCGAGUCCUUCAAUGACCUGGGCCACACCAUCGGCGAAAAGGUCCAGCUUCUCUCCUCCGCUACCUCCCCGGCCGAAGCCCAGGCUGCCCUGACCGCACCCCCCUCAGCGAAGCCCCAGCCCAAGACCUUUAGCCAUGCCGUUGCCCGUGCCGCCCUCAACAGCUCACACACCCUCUCCGGCGAGCACGCUGGUGCCGGCGAGGAUCCCCUGGCCACCGCCCUCGAGAAGUACGCCCUCGCCAGCGAGAAGCUAGGAGAGGCCAGGCUUGCCCAAGAUGCCGCCAUUCAGAGCAGGUUCCUGGCUGGCUGGAGCACUACACUCAACACCAACAUCAUGUUCGCUACCCGCGCCCGCAAGGCCGUUGAGAACUCGAGACUGAACUUGGAUGCCACAAAAGCAAACGCAAAGGGUGGCGCCUUCAAGCUCCCCGGCCAACCCGCCGGUCGCAAGGACGGCAUGGAGGAGGAACUUACCGAGGAGGCUCGAUCCAAGAUUGAGCAGGCCGAGGAUGAGUUCGUAGGCCAGACUGAGGAGGCUGUCGGUGUCAUGAAGAACGUCCUCGAUACUCCCGAGCCGCUCCGCAACCUCGCCGAGCUCAUCUCCGCACAGCUCGAGUACCACAAGAAAGCCUACGAGAUUCUCUCUGAGCUUGCCCCCGUUGUGGACCAACUCCAAGUUGAGCAAGAGGUGCGUCGCCACGACUCGUCUGGUUUCUGA